AUGUCCAAACCCGUGGGCAUUCCACCUCGAACUCCCUUGAAAUCAUCCUCUUCCGCACAGACAUCGAGAAUGAGGACCCAGCAGCGCCACUCGUCGGCACGCGCCGUACACAGCCAUGACGCAAAGGCACUGCCACCCGCCGUUGCUGCCUUGCUCGCCGUCACCACCAUCCCCAAGAUGCCCGCUCGCCGACGACAGCGCAGCACAAUGGACAGGCGCAUCUCCAUGGAUGAGUUGAUACAGGAGUGGAGACAGGAAGACUCAGACACUCCAUCCUCACUGUCGGGCUCUCCAAUGGACCUGCUGCUCGGUCGCGUCGACGAGUCGGAUGACGAGUACAGCAGUGGCAUGAGCAUGGAACAGGAAAAGGCAUCCUUCUUGACAUCCAGGUCUAUCUCCAGUGACUCCAUCUCCCUACCGCCGUCGCUGGAUUAUGAGAACCCCUCCUACGCUUCCCACUGGGAUAACAUCAGCACACCAGAUUCGAUUGGCCGCAAGUCACUACCAGAACGUAAAGAGAAGGUUGUCUCAUCACCGCCAAAAGAGGACUGCAUUCUCGAUCACCCCCUGCUUCACUUUGGGCCCGAUGAGUGCGAGGACAUCAUCGCGACCAACAUCAGCGACACCGCUCCGCCUGCGCCUCCAACCGAGCGAUUCAGAUCAUUCAAAUCUAACCUGACCGCUUCCCUCCAGGCAUUAAAAUCAGCCGCCAAGUCCUUUUCCAACUUUACAGCUCCCAGCGUGCCCCCGGAUGAUUUCCUCACGCGGUCACUCCUAUCGCCCAAUUUCACAAGCGAGAUGCGACCAAAGAUGGUCGACGGCCUGCCAUCGCCCGAGUUGCGACGAUAUCUCAACCCGCAGCCUGCACCAAUCUCAGCAACUGAAUUAUCAAUGCAUCUCCACGACUCCUUCACCCUCGAUACCGAUCUCGACCCCCACGCGCCAAUGAUUCAACUGCAGACAUAUGAGCGGCGUGGUCGUGCACAAAAGUCGCGCCGCAGUCGUGCCGCGGAUCCGCUUUCCGAAGCUGGAAGGGUCCUGUCUAAUGACGCACCAACCGUUCGGCAGCGUGAGCCCCGUGAGAACAGCGACUUUCUACGUGUCAUUGUUCUCGAGAUGAACAUGCGCCGCGUAGGCAAACUCGACGCAAAGGCCGUCGGCAAGGCGCGGAUCUGGCUCCCACCCAGAAAGCCUGCUUCCACUCAACCACCUUCGCGUCACGGUCCAAACUUUGUUCCCCUCAGAUGGAUUCCAAUCAAUUCAUCGUGAGCUGCAACGAGAUUGGAUCCCUUGCAGUUGGGCACACACACAGCCUGGUGCCCGCUACCCUCGUUACGUUCAUACGACAAGAGGCACCGAGCCUGCACGUUGCAAA